CUAGGCCUGUGUAUGGCCCUUCAAUUGAAGCUGCUUCUGCCUCGCCACUCUGCCAUUAGACUCUUGAUAGUCGUCUCCCCACACUGCUGCUGGGGGGACUUUUUAACAUAGACCUCGGUAUGGCCUUCAAUUUAAGCUGCUUACGCUUCGCCACUCUGCCAUGGGCCCCUGUACCGCCUCCUCUUGCUGCCUGCCAGGUCCAGAGUGUGUCAUGGGUCCCUGUACGGCCUCCCAUAUUGCUGCUGACAGUUCAUCGCCAGACUCUGCCAUGUGCCACUUUCAGGUCUCCUUACACUGUUGGCCUGUGUAUGGCCUUCAAUUGAAGCUGCUUCUGCUCCGCCACUCUGCCAUUGGACUCUUGAUAGUCGUCUCCCCACGCUGCUGCUGGGGGGACUUUUUAACAUAGGCCUCUGUAUGGCCUUCAAAUUUAAGCUGCUUACGCUCCGCCACUCUGCCAUGGGCCCCUGUACCGCCUCCUCA